AUGCGCUUCUCUUACCGUUGUCUCGUUGUCUUGCUCGUCCUUGCUCUAUGUCUGCAAUUAGCAACCGCAGCUCCCCAUGCUGCCGUUCGUCGCCAGGACGAGCCCCCUGCUGAAGAAACGCCCGCCCCAAUCCAGGGCACCGCGUCUCAGCAACCUGCACCAACUCCCUCCACAUCUGCAGUACCCUCAUCGCGCAUUGAGUCUGAUGCCCCGUCGUCGACACCUGCUUCAUCAGUGAAGCCUUCAGAAGCACCUUCCACUAACACCAAUGCGCCUUCCACACCUGCUUCUGGCGUACCAUCGCCAACAAGCUCUACCUCUCCGGUUUCUGGUAACCCUCUACCAAUUGUUCCCACUCUUACCCCCGCAAUGGGCAUCACUGGCGUAAUUUUACUGCUUAGCGGCUUAGCAUAUGCCAUUAUUGGCAUCAAAAAGAAGAUGGUAUAUGUCUUCGGAUCUGCUGCCUACCUGACAGCUCUUGCCGUCACCGUGUUGGUGGUUUACCUGAUGAACGCACCCGUCUCCAAUGCGGUCCAGGGUGCUUUUUUCAUUGCAGCAUUCUUUACCGGUGUCAUUUUCGGUAUCCUAUCGCUAGUCUUUGCAGACAUCAGUGAAGGUUUUGGCUGCUUGCUUGGUGGUUUCUGCCUAAGCAUGUGGUUCCUCAGUCUCAAAGAGGGAGGCUUGAUCAGUUCCAGCACCGGUCGGGCAAUCUUCAUUGGAUGUAUGACUGCUGGUGGCUACUCGCUGUCUUUCAGUCACUACACCCGCAACUACGGUCUAAUUGCAUCCAUCGCAUUCUCAGGCGCCACUGCUACCAUACUCGGUAUAGACUGUUUGGCUGGCUCAGGCUGGAAGGAAUUUUGGCUGUACAUCUGGAACCUCAACGACAACAUAUUCCCAUUGAACACAACCACUUACCCAUUAACCAAAAACAUCAAGGCCGAACUAGCUGGUGUAGUCAUCAUCGCCCUUGCUGGCAUCGUCUCCCAGAUGCGGGUCUGGAAAAUAGUCAAGGAGCAUCGCACCAAGACAGCUGCCCAGCAACUGGAAAGGCAACAGGAUCUUGACCGUGAAGAGGAGGAACGAGGCCGCAAGGUCGAGGAUAACUUCCAGAAAGAACGUGCUCAAUGGGAAGCCGCAUAUGGUAAUGGGCCGAACCCAGAAGAUUCAAGCAGUCAAUCUUCCCUUGAAAGCCCCAAGGUCUCCGCUAUCGUCCAAGAGAAAGAAGUGCCUCGCAACGACAGCAUGGAAAUGCUCGCAAGCCCGAGGAAGGGAAUCAAGAAGCUCGGUGGGAACAAGAAGCAAUCAGGCACCACUGUCACAGUUAACGUUCUCAACGAUGAUGCCAUUCAGCAAAUCGACGCAGAAGGCAACCCGACCACGAACGAACAUGGCGAUGCG